AAUAAAGGCAGUGUUCCCCAAAAAUAUUAUCACAUAAAUCAUUCUUCCCAACAGUGUCACCUAUUUUAAGUUCUUAACUCCUCUCUUCUCUUUACAAUUCUUUCUUCUCACACUCAAAUCCUUCUACUACGUUUUCUUACAACACAACGCAGCCCAACCCGUCAAAAUCCACUCUUUUUUCCGCUUCAACUUUCUUAGAUUCACACUUGCCUUUGCCGUUUAUAUCUUCUCGUAAUCUCUCAACUUUUGGGCUUUUCCGAUUUCACUGAAGAAACUUCUCAUGUAGGGUUUCGAUUAUUGAGGGGAAAAUUCCGGAUUUGAUUACUUAUUUUACCACUUUGGGGUUUUGGCGUUUGGUAUUUGUUGAAAUUUGUGUUUUUGUAAAGUUUCCGCUUUGUGGGGGCUUCUGUUAGGAAAUUUCUAGGUUUUGGUCGGGGUUUAUCGGGUGUUGCUCUUUCCGUGCUGAUGGCUACCGUGGUUGAAGAAAACAACGUUGAGUAUGAUAGUGAUCCCGAAGAUGCAAAGAGACUGUUAACAAUGCGGAGGCGCGAAGCCAGCGAUGACGAAGAAGCCGAAGGGGAAGAAGUCACUGAUAAGAGGGAAGUUGGUAGAAUAGAGGUUCGUUCUGAUAACUUAGAUGAUGAAGGAGGUGUUGAAGAUUAUGCUAAUGAUGGUGAUGAUGUUGAAGAAGGAGAAAAAGAAUUGCAAGAAGAAGAAGAGGAGGAGGAGGAAGUUGAAGAAGUGUACGAGGAGAAGGGUGCAAGUGGGGGGGUUGAGGUUGAGGGUCCAGUGAUUGUGGCUAAGGAAUCUGAUGAUGAUGUCAGACCCCCUUUGGAAGAUUUUGCCGAGGACCAUUCUGAGGAGAAAAAGGAGUCUGAUCCAUUUGCGGUUCCCACAGCCGGAGCUUUUUACAUGCACGAUGACCGAUUUGGGGACAAUGCUGGUACCCGCAACAGACGGAUACAUGGUGGAGGAAGGAGACUGUGGGAAUCCAAAGAUGACAAAAAAUGGGGUCAUGAUAAAUUUGAGCAAAUUUUGCAUGAAAAGCAUUAUGAGGAGAGGAGACCUUCUAAGGGUAAUUAUCAUGGCCGUGGUAAUGGUCGAGGCACUGAUUAUAGAGGGUACGUACGAGGAAGUAAGAAAGGCUAUAAUAGCAGUAGCAAUCAAAAUCAGAUGCCUAAGAGUGUUGUGAGAGGGAGAGGCCCCCAAAAGUAUGAACGUAGCAACAAAAUCAAUGGUCCAUCUUCCCAAGUGCAAAAUAAACAAUCUGGGAAAUCUCGUGAGAGAAAUUCAAAUGUUAGUUUGGAGAGGACUUCGACACCUUCUUCCCAUGCAGAAUCUGACCCUGUGCCUUCUAAAAAUCAAGUGCUGGCAUCAAAUUUGAAUUCAGCUUCCCCACCAUAUUACCCCUCAGGCUCUUCCAGCAAUGAUAUUAAUUUGGCACAAAAAAGGGAGGUGAAAACAGGUGGCAGUAGCAGGAAUGUUGGUCCUGUUGCUGUGGAUGAGGGUUUUCCAGUUCAACAAAAGAAUGCUCUGAUUCAGGGAAAGAAUGUUGUUGAUUCCAUCAGCAUGUCAAAGUUGUAUAUAAAUGAAUCCACCCCUCGAUCUGUUGGAAAGCCUUUGAACAAUGUGCGUAUGGCACGACCUGGUUCUUCUGUAGUCAAUGCUUCUCAAUCUCCUCACCCAAGGGCUUCUGGGACUGGGAGGGGAGUAUCAAUCCCAGUACAUACAAAUUUUCAGCGUUCUUCCUCACAUAAUAAAAUUUCUCCAUCAGAAUUCCAGGCUAUUCAGACAAGUUCUGUUCCAGGUAGGAAUUCAACUUCUGUGCAAGCUACUGCCCCACAGUUGGGCCAAAGACCUGGCAGUGGGUCUCCAUUGUCAUCACCCUCCAAAACAGCCACACCAAUUAAUUCACAUGAUUCUGGAGAAUUGGAUUCAGGGUCAGAAUCUGGUAAAGGCAAAGGGGCUUUGGUUGGGAAGGGGAGGGGAGCUUCCCAUGGCGCAGGACAGGGAGCUUUUGUUUAUGGUGGGGCACAAGUAAUAGGCACCGCUGGAAAUGUGGGUGUUAGCCAUGGAGAUCCAAACUUCCCUGCUUUCUUGCCGGUUAUGCAAUUUGGGGGCCAGCAUCCUGGGGGUAUAGGAGUUCCUGCUGUUGGCAUGGCAUUCCCUGGAUAUGUUGCUCAGCCUCAACUGGGAAAAUCAGAAAUGACAUGGCUACCAGUCUUGGCUGGUACUGCAGGAGCUUUAGGGGCUACAUACCCAUACCUUGCUGUUGAUGGUGCAAGCAGUCACCAAUCUGGACAGGCCUCUGCAAUGGGUACCUCAAGCAAGGACCAUAGUGUUAACAAAGCUAAUAAUGAAUUGAAGCCACCUCAGAAAUCUGAGCUUGCAAGUGAAGAGUUUGGACAGAGGCAGAAUAAACCCCGAAGAUACUCAGAGAUGAAUUUUGGUCAGUGAAUAUGGUGCACUUUGUUUAAAGUAAACAGAUAAAGGCCUUUCUCCUCCUGGCCCUUAGUUCUCUAGCUUUUCAUCUGGAGCACUUUGGGCUACCAUAAGUUUCAGAAUUUUCAGCAAUAUAACACCUGCUCUUGCUGUUCCCAUCGUAGAAGUACUUGUUAAAUUGGAAGGUUCUUCCUGCAGCUUGGUUUCUUAGUGAAGCAUGUGUGAAACACACGCAGGCUUCUAGAACUAUAAGAACAGAGGAAAGGCUAUAGGUAUCAUUUUGCAGCAGCUGAUUACAUUGUGGGUGAAAUUUUUCUCAUGUAAAGGUUUUUGUAUUCAUCUGGUUUUGACCAUGUGCUUAUAUCAUCUAUAUAAGCUUAUCAGACAUUUUAAUGUUUUGUUCCUUUUCUAAACAAAAUUCAAUUGUUUGCUAUCAUA